GUCAAACCGCGAUCGUCUCCGCGUGAUGGGCCAUAGUUCAGAACGCUUAGUAGAAUAGGUAGCAAUGGUCGGUGGACAGUGUUGAAUCAGUUAGUUGACAAAAGCAGGCCAGCCAACACAGUUGGUACGCACGGAAUAUUCUUCACACCGUUCCGUCGACGAGAAUAGACGCUCUUCCGGAUCUCUGGCGACACUUGCCGGACCACGAACACUCUUGUUCCGGGUAUCAGUUUUCAACUGGUUCGUCCACUGGUCUUUGUCUCUUUCUGCCACGUGAUUGGACUAAAAAAAAAAGUGAGAGCAUACUGUGAUAGAUUGUAGAACGUAAAGUGGGCGAAUAAAGUGUAAAAAAAAAAUGAAGAGCUCGGCAUUCUUGCUGCUCCUUGUUACCAUGACCACGUGUCAUGAACCGUUCCAAGUGGUCUUCCAAUGGAACACGAUCGACGUGAUAUGGCCGUCAGAAGAGAAACAAAACUAUGCGACUGAACACGGUGAUUACAUUCCAGCUAACAAUUUCAUAGCUGGUGUCAAAUUUUGGAAGGAUAAAAUGUAUCUGACGGUACCAAGGUGGAAAAGCGGGGUACCAGUGACGCUGGGAGUCACUUCUGCAACCGUGGUGAACGGCAAUACCGCCCCUAAGCUGGAAGCUUUCCCUAACUGGGACAUGCAGGAAGUUGGAGACUGCAACGCCUUCCAGUUGGUCCAAAGUAUGGAGAUCGAUCCAAAAGGACGUAUGUGGGUACUUGAUUCUGGGAAGAUGUCACCUCUCUCCGUAGAAGUGAAGAUCACCUGCCCACCAAGGCUGGUGAUCCUGGAUCUCGAGAACAACGGUGAGAUUUUACGAACCUACGAGUUCCCUCCACAAGUGGCCCGUCACGGUACAGCCCAUCUAAAUGACAUUGUCUUGGAUCACGAGGAUGGUGGCAUGGCGUAUAUCACAGACAGUGAUCGCGAAGAUCCAGGCAUAAUCGUCUACUCCCUCAGUAACAAUACUUCGUGGAAGGUCAGGCAUGAUUCUAUGAAAGCUAAACCCGAAGCAGUAAGAUUCAUGGUCUCUAAGAACCUCAUUAAUAUGCCUAUAUCUGUCGAUGGGAUUGCUCUGUCUCCGGCAAGUGUUGAAGACAGACAAGUAUACUAUUCACCACUGUCUUCCUUCCAUUUGUACUCUAUACCAACAUCGGUGUUGAAGAGCAACCUAAGCAACGUAGAUGAACACGUUAAGGAAUUGGGAAAGAAAAUUUCUCAAACCGAUGGAAUGAUGAUGUCAGCCAAGGGAGCGUUGUACUUUGGACUGCUGGCUGACGAUGCUGUAGCUAUGUGGGACACUAAACAGUCGUUCACUACUGGCCAAAGGGUGAUCUCUAGAGAUCAUGAAAGGAUGCAGUGGCCGGAUACAUUUGCGUUCGAUGAGAAUGGUAACUUUUACUGUGUCACCAAUUCCUUGCAAAAUAUACUGACCAACCGAGUAAACACCAGCGUGCCGAACUAUCGAAUAGUCAGAGCGAAAACUGCAGUCAAGAGUUAUCAGUAUUUGGAGGACGGAACCGCACCGGAGCAGCCAGAGAUACCCACUUCAGUUGCAAACAGGAUUAGUCUCGCAGUUGCUACCGUAUCAACCAUUCUGCUUGCUUUCGUCGUAGUGUAGUAAAAUCUUUCUCCCUUACUUGUUCCCUCGUUCUUUUUUCUUCGAACACAGUCGGGUAUACCAAAGACAUUCGUUUUAUCCUUUCAGUUAAGUAAUGCACAGAUACCCCGUCCAGUGUUUUUGGUGACCUUGAACAUUUAGAGUAAUGAUCGUAGGUGGUUUGGAGUCAUGAUAAAAAGGACAGAGACCUAAGAUUACUUGACCAUUCGCGAUUGCCAUAAGUACUUGCUCAUUUUCCUUGUUUUUCUUAUUACCUUCAUAUUUUAAUUCCAUAGAUACUUGUAUUUGAAGUAUCUCUCUCUUUAAAUAUAUCUGGAAAAAUUAUUAUUCCAGAAGAGGAAAUGGCCUUAAAUGAUCAAUUAAUUUUGCAUGAAACAAAAGUUUUAAUUCACAAUUAUGUAUUAUUCGCGAUGGGACUUGUAAAUCGGUGUUGUCAAAACGAAGCUUAAGAAUCCUUCUAACCAACGAAUAAUUGGAUCAUAAGAUCAAACUGCCUGUUUGCAUAAAAAUCUUGUAAAACGUUUCGUAGUGGCUAUCGAAAGUAUUGACAUGCCAUUUGGUAUAGAGUGUACAUUUUAAUCUGUUAAGAUAUAAAUACAUUAAAUUAUACAUCAUUUAGUAACAUUUUUAUAUGAUUACUAAAAUAUUUAUUUAUUUAUAUAUAAUAUGAUACUAUAAAAAUCAAAUGCGAAAUUGGAUAAAAAAACAUCUCAUUGGAAAAUAAGGCUAUGUGCAAAUACUUUUCAAGACCAUAGAGAAAGUCAAUGUCACUUUUGAUUACAAUUGCUAUUUUUGACAUUUUCAUCGAGCAAAAUUGAUCUCCUGCAAUUCAGUUACCAACAAGCGUUUUUGCAUUGUGGCCUCUGUUGCGAAGAAGAGUAAUAAAUCUAUUUUCUUUUUUCUAACGUCGGCAACGACUUGAUAUUCUUACUUUUUUAUACAGUAUGUUAUAUCAGUCCACUCAAUGAUAAAAAAAGAGGAAGAGAGAAAAUGUUUUCCUAAAUUUUUCAAAACGAGGAUAACUCACUCAUGUUUCUCCUGCAAGAAGAGGAAGACAUUAAAUGAAGAACUCUAACUUCAAAGUAGCAGAACUUUCACUACAUACAAACGUGAUAUAUUAAUGAUUUCAUCAUUAUUCGUUUUCUAUCUUCAUUAAUUCAGUAGUUAAUCGGGCCGUUUAAUUGAAUUGCUGAUCGUUAACUCGGGCCGCAAUAGCCGAACAAAAAGAAUUACAUUUUUAUAUGGGGCGAAACUUUCGCCGCCACACCAUCGCAUUCACACAUAAUUGACCUCGAAUUAACAUCAUCAAUGGAGACUAUUAAAUCUGCCAGUGAAAUUAAGACGCUUCCAGUCCGAUUGCAUGACUUCAAAGGGAAAUUGGAAGAAGUUAGCCACGUUGCGCUUGUAGGGUGUCGUGUACAGUGUUGAAAGGAAGAUGAGGCAUUUGUCAAGACCAUGAUGAAAGCCAUUAUCGAUGAAAGUUCCGGCCGUCGAGGACUCGUCCCUUGAAAAAGAACGAAAUAUCAACGAGCAUGAGUUUAAUGGGAUCAUAGCUCAGCGAGAUAGAAAUGACAACUCGGGAACGAACAGUAGGGCAGCGAUAAUGAAUGAUCUUUUCUAGUUCGAGAAAUCGAUCCUCUGUAACGCGAUACCGACAACAUUCCACGCCUUGGGUUUUGAUUGUAAGUCUCAAAGCGAAUUGUGAUCUAAUACGACGUGUAUUACAUUUAUAGUUUCUAUUUUUUUUAACUAAAUUGUUGCCGAAACAAUUGUGAAGCAUAUUUUGAUUUUCAGGCUAAACAUCUCGACAGUCCAUACUGCUUGAUUUAAUUAGAGCAUCGUCAAUGCGUACAAUCGUUAAAAAGGACAUUCGACCAUACAGAAAGUUAAAUAUUUAGUCAAAUAUUUGUCGAUCCUCUAAUUACUUCAAUCAGUUUGCGAAUACAAAAGUAUUAAUCCCAUUUUGACAUAUAUGAACACAGAGGAUUCAUUUCAAGGGAAACAACCAUUGAUUAUCAGCCCGUUACCAUAUUACCUUGUGUUAGUAACACGACGAUAACUGCUACUAAUUGUAUAUCUGUUAUUUAUAUCCGUGACAUAAUCGUUUUAGUUGCGACAAAAUUAUGUACGAUGAAUCCUCCUAUGACCUUAUGUAAUAGAGAUGUCUAUUUUUUUGAUCAUUUUCUUCUUUUUUUCUUCAUUAGUCGAUCAAUGAAUUUAUUAUAGUACUUUAGUCUCAUCGCCUUAUGAAUUGAACUGUGAAUACGUAUACUAUAUAUAAAUGUAUGUAUGUAUGUAUAAUUAGUGUGUACAUUACACAUGUAACAUGUACGAGUAGCUUUAAUACAUAUGGCCUUAUUUGCGACGAUGAAUUGAAACUGUAUACUACGUUCCGUUGGAAAAUGUGACGUUAUGACUCAUUUGUCUGUAAUCGCUGGUGAAUGCAACUUUCCACCAUUUCACGGCAUAUAUUGCUUACAAUUAUUAUAGAUUCCAGUAUGUUAUUGAAAAUUCAGAUUGAUUCCUCAUUUGCACGAGUAUCUUUAGCGCGUGAACCUGUGUACUAUAAGUUAAUGAAUAAAUAGAAUAGCCCGUCGAAUCGUGUACAUAUACUACUGAUCACAAGUCUCGGACCAUCUCCUUCAUUAUCACAUUUUAAACGCACAAUAAAAUAAACGACACUAUAGAAAAUGUCUGUCUAUAUUCAAUAUUGUUAAGCUUUUGUGCAUUCUAUAAAAUGUUUCAAGAAGAAUUUUUACAAAGGCUGAAUUUGUAUAUAUUUUAAUAUUAUAAGGCUGAAUUUUUGCAAAAUGACACUAUCUAUCAAAUGAUGGCCUCGAACUUCUGCUCAGUAGCUAGAGCUAGAGGCCGACUAUUAAACAGAUACAGAGCCAGUGUGAAAUGAAUCGCUCAUACGGCAUAUCACGCGUUUGAGAUCUACGUUUUCACGUGCAUUUAUUAAUGAAAAAGAGAAAAAGAGAAUAUCCAAUCUAUCGGUGAGUAUCAUCGAUUUAAAGUCCAACAUGGUCUUUCGAAAAAAAGAAACUCGAAGAGGUUCAUCAAAGGAGCAUCGCGGUAAUCUCACUUUCAACCUCUCUUCCCACAAUUGUUUCUUCUUUCAGCACGCAGCGUCCCAGUUUUGCGGCAAAGUGAACCGCACGCACAUUAUUACAUGCCAUGAACGGAGUCGGGAUCUAGCCCUGAACCACGAGUCAACGAACGCCCAGGGAGAGGCUCAGAAGAUUACAAAACUGCGCUGAGAAUACUCGUUGCACCUGAGAUUAAUCGCUUUAAUCUGCUCGGAUCAUCGGGAGCACCUGUUUUUAGCUCCUUUCCGCGGAUCGCAUCUAUUUUUCAAUCAGCCUAAAUCAGUCCAAGAUGGAGAUCACGAAGACUACAAGGAACAAAAGUUCCAGCAAUUCUCAAGUUGUUGAUGAUGAGUUUUAUCUUUCUAAAACAUGGAAAAAAAAAUUCAUAUAUUUAAAGUUACAUGGAAAAUUUUAAUGAGAUAUCAUUAUCAAUUCUUAUGUUUUGUGUUUAUGUUUAUAAUAUUUUUGAAAUGUAUGUAAAAUAGAGAUUGGAGAUAAUACCAGUAGAAAAUCUAUAGAAUGAAUCAUGAAAGGAACGUAAAAAUACCGAAUGAGUGGCUUUGAAAAGAUGUCACGACAUUCAAUUGCGUUUACAACAAAUGAUGUCAUCGCACUAUGAAAAGAAUAUUAAGUGUCUUUCGACUCGUAGACAGAGUUCGAUGUUCAAAGUUGUUGAAGAUGGUUUCCAUUCGCUCGUCGGAGGAUUAAGUGCUAACCGAGAUGUUCAGAAAGACUGGUCGACGAAAAAUUUGGCUAAAAUUAAAAGCAUUAGGUACCGCGUCAUACCGACUACCCAUAUUUAAAUGUCGAUCAUACAUUCCCUCCUCGCUACAGCUACAGCAGUUGAACCAUUAAAUUGAAUCAAACAAUUCCGAAUGAUGAACGAAUAUUACACAUUAAGAACUCAAGAAAUAUUUAACAAGUGAUCGAAGAAUUCAAACAAACGUUGUCUUCGUUUGUUUAAAAAGUCACGCUUAUAAAACAUAUCCGAUAGGGCUAUACACUUAUCAUGGUGUUGUUCUUAGACAAGUAGUCGGUAACCAGUAUUGAACGAUAUUAGAAAAUAUUAUAAAAGAUCUGUUAUGAAAGAUCGUAAGGUUUCGAUGAUCGACCAGUCUUCCGGAAUUUUAAUCAAGAGCGGCCUUUGCGUCGCUUUUUAACUGCGGAAACGGGUGUCGACAGUACACAGCAAGGUUCUAUCGUAUAGUAGAUUGUAGAUUUAUAAGUAUGCUUUCUAUUACGAGAGAAGCUGGAUUGAAGUUUCGUUUUGUUUCGUCGAGGGUCUCGCUCAGUUGAGCCCGAUUACAGCUGACUUUCAGGCUGGAACGCUUUACGUGUGAUUGUAGAAUCGUUUCCUGUUUAGUCCAUUCUCUUAAACCUACAAAGGAAAAGUUCACAUUAGAUAAUCAGUAGCAUGAUGACAAUUACGUUGAUGAUAAUGCCCGGCUAAAUGAUUUUCGAGAAACGAAACGGAAUGGAACGAAAGUACGUUAAUUACAUUAUUUCGACGUCGUUCUACAUAUUAGUAAAUCUCCGUAUAUUAAGAAGAUUAAUAUAUUUUCUAUAGCAGUGAUAGUUCUUUAAUAAGUAAUACGAAUAAUUUUUCUGCGUGAAAACACAGAAGAACGAAAUUGUUUCGCGUGGAUUUUGAAAAUUUGUGGAAUGUGUAUACGGUAGCAUUUAUAGCAGAAAAUGCUAUUUUUACCAAUGGAAACAAUGAUUGUCUCUAUCCGGGUCAUGGAUUUUUUCAAAAUCGCAUGAGAGAUUCGUGUGGAGGAAUUUCAUCUUUCACGUGGAAUUGAUCAUUUUUGAUGAAACACCCUAUACAUUACGUAGAAUAGCGGUACAGAUUCAAAUAGAAAAUGCACUGCCAUUCAUAUCGAUAAUAAUUUUAUUACUGUGUGUUUUAGAAGAAUGUAGUACUGCUAUUGUAUAGUGCUUAUGUAAAUUAUGCCUUAUUAAUAAAGAGAUAGAUGUUAACAGU